AUGUUAGGAUCAAUAACAUUAUUAUUUUUCUGCAUCUUCUUUUUUGCUAAAGGCAUUGUAGAUCUUGUUUUUCCAUUAGAUAAUUAUUAAUUCUAAUUUUUGGAUUGGAUAGAUUGUGAAACAAAAGAGUAAAUUAAAUUAGUAGAUGUAGAUGGAAAAUAAUAAUUAAGACUCCAAAAAGGUAAAGGAAUUUGUUUAGACUUAAAUAACCAAUUACCUUUAGAUGAAGACUAAACUUAUAAUUAUAACUUCAUAUUUGAUAGGUACCUUAAUUAAGAUGAAGUAUACAUCUUCAUAAAUUACAAAAUGUAUAAUUUAAGCAAUAAAAUAACUGCCUAACCUUUUGUUUAAAUUUAACAUUAUCAUUUUUUAACUUGUUAGAAUUAAAUUGAAAUUUGGUUGAAUUCAAAUGUUUCAAUCAAUUUAUUUUUUAUGUAUAUAGCAAAAGUUUACACUAAUACUUAGGAUUAAGUACUUAUAACAGGAUAAAUUCCUUAAGUAAAUAAUUAAAAUAAAUUUUAUUAUGAUUUUCGCUUCAGUUUAGAAUAAGAGAUUAAAAAUGGCACUUUGCAUUAUUAAGCAAUAGUUCCAAAAUUUUAAUAUUAAUAGUCUUAGUUUUAUUGGUUUUAAUUAUAUUUAAAUAAUUCUCUUUUACCUUUAUAAAUAUCAUAAUUAGAAUCUAAUAAUAGUUUAAUUAAUGGAAGCUAAAAAAUCUUUGUUGAUCAUCAUCAAAAAUUACAUAAUUUAGAUUUUAUGAUUAAGACUAAAUAUUAAAUAAGAUAAAUGUUUCUUAUUUCAGAAUAUUAUUAAAGUCUAGAUUUAGAAGCAAUUACUUAAAUUGAUGAUAAUUUUUCAUAAUUGACAGAAGAAGAUAUAAUAUAUAAAAAAGAAUUUAAGUCUAUAGAUUAAGUUAGAAUGUUAGUUGAAAUUUAAUAGAUAAUUAAAAAUAAUAUUGCUUCAAUAUAAGUUUUACCAAAAUAAUAUUAUAAAGAUAUCUCUAAUUUCUAAAUAAGUUUUGCAAAAAUUAAAAUACAAAAUGAAAAAUAACAAACUUUUUUAGAAUGCUAUUUUAUAGAAGAUGAUUAAAAUAAGUCUUGUUUGGGUUAUAAUAGUACAUUAUUUUAAUUUGAAGUAAAAUGGAUAUUUGAAAAUAAUAUUUAAUAUUCAUAUGAAUUAAGUGGAACUUUAAAGAAAAACAUUUAAACUGAUCCAUUUAUUUUUUUUCAGACAGACACUUAAUAUUUCCCAAUUAUUAAUAUUGACUUAGAAAAUAAUAAAGAAUUUUGGAUUGGAUACUUUCUAUUGUUACAUUUAGUUUUACCUAUAUUUAUCUAUUUGUUUUGUGUCUUUUGUAUAUUAUCAUUAAAAGCAUAUCAUCCAUAUAUGCUGUACAUAAUUGAAACAGAUGAUCUUUGCUUUUAAUUUGAAAGAUAAUAAUAAUAAUCUAUGCGAUUUCAAUCUACUUUAUAAUAAUAAUAAAGUGAAGAAGUUGGAAUACUAAAUUAAUCAAAUUUUGAUGCAAUAUGA